CCCGAGACUUGCGACUGCCGGUCACUUUGAAUACAACACUACGCGACGCCACACCUGUCCCAUCAUGGCUUCAAGUCGUGGUUAUUGCUUUCUCAUUCUUCUGGUGACACCGCUGCUUGGCACGUGCCAGCUACGGCUAAACGCUGGCUGCAAGGUGGAAACCUUGCGCGCGUGUGGCCAAGACUACAUUCCAUACGUCACGAGCCCACACCUACACGAGUCCGGGAAUGAGUUCGAUGAAGGGUGCAAGUUACACAAGGUACAAAUAUCGUGCAACCUGAAGUUCAUCAACAACUGCACCGAGGGCAUAUCCCGUGCCGCGGCACUUGUUGCAGUGCAGGCGCUGGAAGAGAACACCGAGGCUAUCUGCAACGUGGGCUCAGAUCCAUACACAGAGUACCAGAGAGACGUCAAAUGCCUGAAUGCUCACGGUGAAAAAAUCCAUAAGUGCUUCAAGGGCUUCCACAAUCAUCUGGAACGCGCUAUUGUCAAGGGUCCAGCCAAUGAAGUUAUUCACUAUGCGUGCUGCUCGAACUACGACACGCUGGACUGCAUCGGCGACGCCCUGGCGUCAUGCGAGACCGUCGGCUCCAAGGAUUUCAUGUUUGGAGUCAUCGAGCAGAUGUUCGGUGAAACGCUAACCCUGGUCUGUGGCAAGUACACGAAGGGUUCGGAAGGCUGCAGGGCCCUACCUGAGUUGCCAGAGCUUGGUGCCAAGGAUCGGCGGAUCGUCAACACGGUAGAGCUCCUCUUGGAAAUAGCUGGCAGCAUUAGACGCAAAAGCUAGCCCCUUACCCAACAUACUUUGUACACCCCUCAUGUUUGGUGGGUGACGAGAAAGAUGCAAGCUCUCAGCUUCUACAUCGAUCAAGGACUUAGGCACC